AGAUGGGUUGGGGGGGCCCGCGGGCCGCCUCCUCCUCAAUGUGAGGGGAGCGCCCGGACACAACGCGCAUCCGGACCGAGCCGAUCCCGGGCGAGGCCCCCCGGACUCUUCGCCAGGAUCCACGCCCCUCCCCUCCCAGACCCCAGACCCGUGGGUUCCUACCCCCUCCCGUCCCCUCCUUCCUCCCCCACCGCCUCCAAUAUCUCCAUCCCUAGCAUCCUCCCCGUGCUCCUGCGAAUCCCCCGCACAGACAGCCCCACGAGUCUCCUACCCUCAAGACCCCCCUUUCCCACUGCACCCGCGGCCUCUGCCCACUGAGUCCGCAUUCCCGCCCCUGCCUUCCCCGCUCCCGUGCUUCUCCCCCCCCAGUCCUCUGUCCCCCUUUCCCUUCUUCCCCAUUUGCCCCCACGACUGUCCUCGCCACCCUCCUCCGCCCAUCUCCGCGCCCCCACCCAGGCCGGGGUGCACGGUCCGGCGCGCCUCCCCGGAGCAGCACCAAGGUCCCGGGGCUCCAAGGGGGUGGGGGCGCAGGGCGGGGAGCAUGGGGAGGGGGCGCCCCAUGUGAUGGGAGGGGGCCGCAAGAGGAGGCGGCGGAGGCGGCGGCGACAGCGGAGCCGGGCUGGGGGCUCAGCGGGGUCCGGGGGCUGGGGGCAGCGAGCAGGGCGGCCCCAUGGCCGGGCCCCCCUGAGGCAGUCCCGGGGAGUCCCCUCCCCUCCCCAGCUCGGGGGUCUCCGGGCCCCAUGAGCCGGGGCGCGGGCGCGCUUCAGCGCCGGACAACGACCUACCUCAUCUCGCUGACCCUGGUCAAGCUCGAGUCGGUGCCGCCGCCGCCGCCUUCCCCGUCUGCAGCCGCGGCCGGCGCCCCCGGGGCCAGCCGAGGCUCCGAGCCCCGAGAUCCUGGCAGCCCCCGAGGCGCGGAGGAGCCCGGCAAGAAGCGGCACGAGCGUCUCUUCCACCGGCAGGAUGCGCUGUGGAUCAGCACCAGCAGCGCGGGCGCCGGGGGCGCGGAGCCCCCGGCGCUGUCCCCGGCUCCGGCCAGUCCGGCUCGCCCGGUCUCCCCGGCUCCGGGCCGCCGACUGUCCCUCUGGGCCGCCCCUCCGGGACCCCCGCUCUCCGGGGGGCUGAGCCCGGACUCCAAGCCGGGGGGCGCCCCCUCUGCCUCCCGACGCCCUCUACUCAGCAGCCCGAGCUGGGGGGGUCCGGAACCCGAAGGCCGGACGGGAGGCGGCGUCCCGGGCUCGUCCUCCCCGCAUCCUGGCACCGGUAGCCGAAGGCUCAAGGUGGCGCCUCCUCCACCGGCUCCCAAGCCUUUCAAGACCGUGACCACUAGCGGAGCCAAAGCCGGCGGGGGCAAGGGCGCGGGCAGCCGCCUGUCAUGGCCCGAAAGCGAGGGCAAGCCCAGGGUCAAGGGGUCAAAGAGCAGCGCCGCCGCGACCGGAGCUUCUGCCACGGCGGCCGGCGGGGGAGGGGGCGCUGCAGUCACGACCUCUGGUGGGGUCGGGGCUGGGGCCGGAGCGAGAGGGAAGCUGUCCCCUCGGAAAGGCAAGAGUAAGACCUUGGACAAUAGUGACUUGCACCCAGGACCCACUGCCGGCUCUCCUCCUCCGCUCACCGUGCCAGCCACCCCAGUGCCAGCCACUUCGGUCACCGCCGCCUCCAUGCAGCCCCUCGGGCCUGCACCCCCUAUCACUCUGGAGCCACCGGCUCCGGGGCUGAAAAGGGGCCGGGAGGGCGGCCGAGCGUCCACUCGUGACCGCAAGAUGCUCAAGUUCAUCAGCGGUAUCUUCACCAAGAGCACAGGGGGGCCUCCUGGCCCCGGUCCCCUUCCCGGACCCCCAGGCUUGUCUUCCAGCAGCGGGUCCAGGGAGCUGCUGGGCGCAGAGCUACGCGCCUCCCCUAAGGCUGUGGUCAAUAGCCAGGAAUGGACUUUGAGCCGCUCGAUUCCCGAACUGCGCCUGGGUGUGCUGGGUGAUGUCAGGAGUGGGAAGUCAUCCCUCAUUCACAGAUUCCUCACAGGUUCAUACCAGGUGCUGGAGAAGACUGAGAGCGAGCAGUACAAGAAAGAGAUGUUGGUGGACGGGCAGACUCACCUGGUGCUGAUCCGAGAGGAAGCAGGAGCACCCGAUGCCAAGUUCUCAGGCUGGGCGGAUGCUGUGAUCCUCGUCUUCAGCCUGGAGGAUGAAAGCAGCUUCCAGGCUGUGAGCCGUCUCCACGGGCAGCUGAGCUCCCUCCGGGGGGAAGGACGAGGAGGUCUGGCCCUGGCUCUGGUUGGGACCCAAGACAGGAUCAGUGCUUCGUCUCCUCGAGUGGUGGGUGACGCUCGAGCCAGGGCGCUGUGCGCGGAGAUGAAACGCUGCAGCUACUACGAGACCUGCGCCACUUACGGGCUCAAUGUGGACCGGGUCUUCCAGGAGGUGGCCCAGAAGGUGGUGACUCUGCGCAAACAGCAGCAGCUCCUGGCAGCCUGCAAGUCCCUGCCCAGCUCACCAAGCCAUUCAGCUGCUUCUACUCCCGUCGCUGGGCAGGCUAGUAACGGCGGCCACACUAGCGACUACUCUUCCUCCCUUCCAUCCUCACCCAAUGUCGGGCACCGGGAGCUCCGAGCUGAGGCGGCCGCUGUGGCUGGGUUAAGCACUCCAGGGUCCCUGCACCGAGCAGCCAAGCGAAGGACCAGCCUUUUUGCGAACCGUCGUGGCAGUGAUUCUGAGAAGCGGAGCUUGGACAGUCGGGCGGAGACAACGGGGAGUGGGCGUGCCAUCCCCAUCAAACAGAGCUUCUUGCUAAAGAGAAGCGGCAACUCCCUGAACAAAGAAUGGAAGAAAAAAUACGUGACUCUCUCCAGCAAUGGCUUUCUACUCUACCACCCCAGCAUUAAUGAUUACAUCCACAGUACACACGGCAAAGAGAUGGACUUGUUACGAACGACGGUCAAAGUCCCAGGCAAGCGGCCCCCCAGGGCCAUCUCUGCUUUUGGCCCCUCAGCCAGCAUCAAUGGGUUGGUCAAGGACAUGAGCACCGUCCAGAUGGGUGAAGGCCCUGAAGCAACUACUCCUAUGCCCAGCCCCAGCCCCAGCCCCAGCUCCCUGCAGCUUCCGACAGACCAGACAUCUAAGCACCUGCUGAAGCCAGACCGGAACCUGGCCCGGGCCCUCAGCACCGACUGUACCCCAUCUGGAGACCUGAGUCCCCUGAGUCGGGAGCCCCCACCUUCCCCCAUGGUGAAGAAGCAGAGGAGGAAAAAGCUGACCACACCAUCCAAGACGGAAGGCUCAACGGUGCAGGCCGAAGCCAAGCGCAAAAUGUGGAAACUAAAAUCCUUUGGUAGUUUAAGAAAUAUUUAUAAAGCAGAGGAGAACUUCGAGUUCCUGAUCGUGUCCAGCACCGGCCAGACGUGGCACUUCGAGGCGGCCAGCUUCGAGGAGCGGGACGCCUGGGUCCAGGCCAUCGAGAGUCAGAUCCUGGCCAGUCUGCAGUGCUGUGAGAGCAGCAAGGUCAAGCUGCGCACGGACAGCCAAAGCGAAGCCGUGGCCAUCCAGGCCAUCCGAAACGCCAAGGGGAACUCUGCCUGCGUGGACUGUGGCGCGCCCAAUCCCACGUGGGCCAGCUUGAACCUGGGGGCACUCAUCUGCAUCGAGUGUUCUGGCAUCCACCGGAACCUGGGCACGCACCUGUCCCGCGUGCGUUCGCUAGACUUGGACGACUGGCCGCGGGAGCUGACCCUGGUGCUGACGGCUAUUGGCAACGACACGGCCAACCGCGUGUGGGAGAGCGACACUCGGGGCCGGGCCAAGCCCACGCGGGACUCUUCGCGGGAGGAGCGUGAGUCGUGGAUUCGCGCCAAGUACGAGCAGCUGCUGUUCCUGGCGCCUCUGGGUACCACGGAGGAGCCACUGGGCCACCAGCUGUGGGCCGCUGUGCAGGCCCAGGACGUGGCCACCGUUCUGCUGCUUCUGGCCCACGCGCGACACGGGCCGCUCGACACCAGCGUGGAGGACCCGCAGCUCCGCUCGCCGCUGCACUUGGCGGCCGAGCUCGGCCACGUUGUCAUCACGCAGCUCCUGUUGUGGUACGGCGCGGACGUAGCGGCCCGUGACGCGCAGGGCCACACGGCCCUGUUCUACGCUCGCCAGGCCGGCAGCCAGUUGUGUGCAGACAUCCUCCUCCAGCACGGCUGCCCGGGAGAGGGCGGCAGCACAGCCACCACACCGAGCGCGGCCACCACCCCCAGCAUCACCGCCACGCCCAGCCCGAGGCGCCGGAGCAGCGCUGCCAGCUUGGGCCGCGUGGACACCACGAUCGCGCUGGUAUAGUUGCCCAGCCGCGGGAGAGACACCACCUCCCCCUCCUACCCACCCCCCGCGCGCGGGCCGGGCACGACCACACCGGGUGGACCGCUGGACAGAUGGCACCCACUCACCUCUCCAGUCCACACCCCGUCCCACGGGAGCACUUCCUACCCCCCACGAGGGCACAGCCCCGCACGCCUCCCAGGAGACACAGACUCACCUCCCUCUCCCCAGCGAGGCACGGAGACCCUAGCUCAACACGCCCCUACUCCACUGUUUCCACACUUGGAUUGCCCUGGGUCUGUCUGCCCGCUGCCCUUGCAGCUGUACGCGCUCCAGGGCGCUCGGACUUGCCGGCUCGGGCCCGCUAGGGGCGGGUCAAAGAUCCAGCCCUGCCUGCGUUCUACAAUCUGGUGGCCGGAGCCCAAACCCAGGCUGGCUCCUGGGGCGACGCCACGCCAGAGGGAGGGGUUAGUAGUUGGAGGACUAGCCCUGGGACUUGGGACCAAUAUGGGGACCCCACCCCUUCCAUGCUGACCUCACUGCCCAGUGAGGGGGAAGGGCAGCGAGGGGCAGGACCCCUGCUGCCCAUGGAGGUGGAGGGGUCCCCAACCCUUUCCGUGAAAGGGUCCAUGAGAAGUGGAACUCAGCUAUCCCCUUCUGCCUGUCUAUGAAUGGAAGCUGAAGAGCCAGGGGGAGCCGAGAGCCUGGGUCCUUCCCCUUACGAUCCUGGGAUGGGGGAGGAUGGGAACAGGAGGGGCCAGAGAGGGGUCUUGUAAUUUAUUGCUUUGUUCCCCAACAUGGGGAUGGGGUGGGUAGGGGCGAGGGGAGGGCAUUUCAGGGUAGGGGAAGCCAGGGGUGGGCAGGGGUGGGGUGGGGUGGGGGUGCUCUCGGGUUGUGUCUGUGACCGUGACUGCGUACCUGUGACUGUGCAGCGCCCGUGGUGAUCUGGGGUAGGGGGCCCCCUCCAGUGGGACCCCUCCCCCAUAAUCCUUUCUGUCCAGCCCCUCUCUCACUGGAGCAGCUCCAGAUCCGUUUCUCUAUCCUUUGCUCCCUCCCAGCCAGGGCUGAGAGGGUGUGCAGUGGCUGGGAGGGUGUCAGGGUCCUAGCCCCAUCCCCAGAAGGGGGAGGUGGAAUGGACUGACCUAGCCUAACCCUGCCUCCCUUAGUCAACCCAGGCUUUGGGCCGUCUGUGUCAGUGGUUUCCAGUUUUUAGUUUGUUUUUUUGUUUGUUUUUGUUUUUGUUUUUGUUUUUUUCCUGGCUAAAAUAUUUUGCAAAAGACCAGGUAAUCGGGGAGUGGGGUGAGGAGGGGGCAGGGGGUUGCCCCCCUCACCUCCAAAGCAGGUGAUGUGAAUCUUAACAGCAAUUAAAGAGGAAGUGAUUUUUGUCUA